CGGCCAUCAUCAUCUUAAAAAUCGUCGUAUGUGAUGGCCUCCGGCAACCAGAGCUUGACGCGGCUUCGUCACACGCGACUCCUCGCCUUCCUCCGAGGCCAUGGCUACGACGCCGCCUUCAACGCGCUGUUGUAUCAGGCGCGCGAUGAGUUCAGCAUGGAGCACAUGAAGCUGCUCGUGACGGAGGGCCUGUGGGACGACGCCCUGCGCUACCUCGACGGCUUCCUGCCGGCCUGCGCGAGGAGCUUUGGCGCCCAGGUCUUCCGCAACUUCCUCCUGAUGCACCGCCACAUCGCCGCCGUUGUCGCCGGCGACCGGGCCGCGCUCAACGCGAUCUUGGCGGACGAGUGGAUGCGCGACGUCGUCUACGCCCGGCAGGCCACAACCUACACUAACCGGGCCGUCGACCCCGUCAUGGCCCGCUCCGUCCUCUUCCUGGACGACGUCAGGUCGUGCAUGAACUGGGAACAGGUGAGGAGCUAUGCAGCGGACACUGUCGACAGACUGGUUUGGCUGACGCCCGAGCAGAACAGGAGAAGGCUGAGGUUGCCGGCUCGCCAAGUGGUGCCGCGUGACCUACUCCCCGUUGGUCUUGGGUAACAUUACCAUCCUCCUAUCCCCACUUCCUUUU